AUGGCUCGGUGGUGCACCGUUGAAUUCUUUUUGUGGUAUGCGAUACUUUUCAUAGGUUUUUGCUGGAAGCUUCCCAAUGCUGCUGCAGAACUCGCAGAGAUGUGCAAACACGAAAGAAGGUGUGCGUCCUACCUUCAUGCCUCCUAUUUCUGGCCUGAGCACCCGAUGGACCUCUCCGACAUUCAAUGGAGGGAGUUCCGAAAGGUGAUGCCACUCUUGACCUUGGCUGCGAUUGGCCACAUCUUGGCACGUGCUGCCCUAGGCCGUCGAAGGAUUUGGCCAUGUUUGCUGCUUUCAGGUGCUUUUGUCGCCUAUGUGCAUGGUGCCCACACAGUCUUUAUUAUUGCAGCUUGCUGUGGUUCCUUCGGGAUUGCUAAAGUGUGUGGAGUCUCGCGAUGGGCACCGUGGGCAGCGUGGGCCUAUGGUCUUUUUCUUAUUGUGAUCAAGCUUUGCGAGGUCCAGGUGUCUUUCGCCAGAUUCCCGUUCUAUCUGGGUCCAAUUGGACACUGGUUGGAUCGCCUACCUUCCCAUGUGGCUUUGACAUAG